CCUCAUUGUUGACUAGUGAUCCCCUUAUAAACCCUUUAUCAACCAACCAAACCCAGUUUGUGCACUUUAAUAGUUGAAAAUGGGGAAUAGCCUGGCAGCGAAAAAGACAACCAAGGUGAUGAAAAUAAACGGGGAAACAUUGAAGCUAAAGACGCCGGUGAGAGCUGAAGAUGUGGUGAAGGAUUAUCCAGGGCAUGUGUUGCUUGAAUCCGAAGCUGUUAAGCAUUUCGGUGUUCGAGCGAAGCCAUUAGAGGCACAUCACGGGUUGGAGCCUAAGAGGCUUUACUUCUUGGUAGUAUUGCCCGAAGGUCCCAAGGAGAGGGUUCCAAGGAGGGUUCGGUCGGGUGUGAACAUGAGUGCUAAAGACAGGCUGGAGGGCUUGAUGUUGUCGAGGAGAUCGGUGUCGGACCUCACGCUGAUGAAAGGGGAAAGCACGGGUGCCGAGAAAGGUGAAAGUGGGGCAAUGAGGGUGAGGUUGAGGGUGCCCAAGGCGGAGGUGGAAAGGUUGAUGAAAGAGAGUGAAAAUGAAGGAGAGGUCGUUGAGAAAAUCAUGCAGCUUUGCACGGCCAAUGGUGGGAACAGCCCACGUGAAGGUGCGGUGAAGGGGAAACAACAAGUGCGUUGGGCGGGUAGCCAUGGAAGCACCGGAGAAGGUUUCAAGGCACGUGAGAAACGGGUGAGUUUCGUGGCAGUGAAGGAAGGAGGUGGGAGCCAAAUAGAAGUAGGUUCAGGAGCAGAGAGAAAUCAAAUAAAUUAAUGAGGCCAUGGAAGAUUGAAGAUACCCUCUCUGAGCUCGCCCUAUAUGCUGCUGCUUUUUGUGUACAUACGUAGCAACAAAUGUAGGGGAAUGUUAGUUUUAUAAUAGCUAAGAGUUAGAGAUGAAAUGAAAAAACAUUUUGGUUUCCCAUUA